CCGGUGUUUAAGGCGGUAAUGUUUUUCUCGCAACAGUAUGGGGAUAACAAGCUUGCGGGUCUCAGUUGCCGUUACUAGCUCUGUCAAGCGAGGACGUAUGAGCUGAAAACAUCAGCAGCAGCUUCUCACAAAACUUCUGAACUGACCGCGACAAAAAGAACAAGCUUUGAUAUCGGCGCUGUUGGUUUAUCUUCAUGGAGUCGUCGGGCUGGAGUUUGUCUGAGAUCUCUCUGCUGUCCGUGGAUUAACACAAGACUCGUCCCUGUUGUGAAGAACUGUGAUAUCAACUUAAGUAAUUGCGUGAAUUGUGGAUUGUGUUUCUGCGUCACGUGUGAAUAAUUGGAGGUUACUUAUUCCCAGUUUUAGGGUAACAAAGUGGAAAUUUAGUCAAGUCAAUGCAUGACCAGCGGACACUUGUUGAAAUACAAUUAACCGAGCGACCAGUUGCUAACAAUUGUAGCAAUAUUUAGCCAACGACGCUACCAACUUUUUAAAUUUCUUUCAAUACAGCUCUGUUAGAUGUUGUCUGAGGACGAGUGUCGACAAGCGGAUAAGGUGCAUUUGUCAAAAUUAUCGAGAUGCCAUGCACACAACAAUUUAGCUAACUUGGCUAGCUGCCGCUAUUCUCCGUUUUACUCAAUGUUAUGUUAGCAAUGACAGCUAACGUUAUGUUAACGUCAUAUUCAAACAAGUGGUUCAUGGAAAUGUGUUCAUAUGUAGUUAAAUACAUUAUUAACUUCUUGUAACCGUGAGGUGUCUCAUCUAGAAAGUUAUUAUAGUUAAUUCGCAAAUUCAAACAUCCGCUUAGGCUUAAUCUAUCCUGCUGUAUUUUCACAAUUAGACAACUUUAUUAACGGGAGCUUAACGUUAGCUUAGCUGCGUUAGCAUAACUCAGCUCUGACAGUGCAGUCAGUCAAACUGACUCAGAUAACUUUGGUUCACUACCAAUGUGCCAAAGUGUUUGUAAAGCUCUCAUGGGUUUGCUGCAACAUACACUGAGAGGCUUUGAAAGAUAGACCCCCUCCUUCCUGCACCGUCUUCUACUGUUUCCAAGUAGCUGUAGUUGUAAAACUGCGGCCCGCACAAUGUCCGGCUCCCCGGGCACAGGUGGCUCUAACCCCAGGAAGUUCAGCGAAAAGAUCGCACUUCACAACCAGAAGCAAGCAGAGGAGACGCGGGCCUUUGAACAGCUGAUGACAGAUCUCACCGUUUCAAGGGUGCAGUUUCAGAAGAUCCAGCAGCUUCGUUUGUCUCAGUCGCGGGCACAGUACUAUGGAGGCUCUCUUCCUAACGUCAAUCAAAUCGGCAACACCAGCUCUGAAUUUCAGGGUGGCUUCCAUUCAGGGUUGGACUCCGUCAGAGGAACCCGCCACCAUGGGCUUGUUGAGAGGGUCCACAGGGACCGCAAUCGCAUUAACUCGCCCCAUCGGCGACCCAUUGACAAGCACGGACGGCAGAUAGAGAGCUCUCCGUAUGGCGCAGUGUACCUCUCUCCACCUCCGGACAACAGCUGGAGAAGGGAACAGCAGCCAUGGACUGAGGAAAAACGGCCUGGGUUUAGAUUAAUAUCACAACUCAACAGAACCAACUCAGACUCUGCUCUGCAUACGAGUGUUAUGAACCCAAACCCUCAGGACCCAUUUGGCAUGAACCAGCAGAUGGGUAGAGGUCCUCCACAGCGCAAUGGCUGGCAUGCAGCUAGUGUAAAUGAAGCAGAAGUAGAUGCAUCUGGAGAUGUCUUCUGCUUCCCUGCUCCACCUAAUGAAGAGAACCUAAUUGGUGUCAGUAAGCCACUUCCAAAGCAGCUGUGGGAGGCCAAGAAGGUCCAGUCUCUGGCAUCAAGGCCUAAAUCAUGUGAAGUGCCUGGAAUCAAUAUAUUCCCAUCUCCGGAGCAGAACCCUGGUUUGUCCCAUUAUCAAGGCUCGUUGAGUACCGGUGGCUCCCUGCCUGACCUCAGCAAUCUGCAGUUCCCCUCUCCACUCUCCACCCCGUUGGACCCUGAAGACAAUGGAGGGUACCUCAACCUCAGCGGAGGCAGCAGCACUGGAAACCUGCCAGCUGCCAUGAUGCACCUCGGCAUCGGCAACUCACAAGGUCUCUCCUCUUCCUUGAGCAAUCCUUCCAUUCAGGCCUCUCUCAGCAACUGCCAGCUGCAGUCAUCGCUCAGCAAUCCCUCCAUCAGUUCAUCCCUGCGUCUGUCCAGCAACUCACCACGGCGACGACCAACUCCCAUCAGCCCCCUCACGCUGUCUCCAGGAGCCGAGCAGCGCAGGGGUCUGGCCAAGCAGCUGUCUCCCACCAUGCCCCCCUCGCUGUCCCCCAUCACACAGGGUGUUGCUUUGGAUACCAGCAACAUGCCAAGGGAACCUCCCCCUCCCUACCCGCUCUACCAACAAUCGCAGCAUGUAGUGGAUCAGGGCCGACAACGCCAGCAGCCGCACCAGCUGCCACCACAGCAGCAUCAGCAGCAUCAACAGCAUCAGCAGCAUCAGCCCGUGUCGCCUCUGCAGAGCAUCCCUCUGGACUUCAACACAGGCCAACCCAACAAUAUGGCAACAUUCUUCAGUGACCCCUUCAUCGAGCAACAGUUCCCUAAUCGCCAGAGCAAGAACCUUCCCUAUCAGUUGGAUCAGUUCAGUCUGUUGGAAAACGCAAUGAGCUCCACAACAGGGGGGUCCUGCCUCGAUCCUUCAUCCUCCUCACUCUACUACUCCCAGGCUGCUUUGUCAGGGCUGGGCGGCAGUCACGGAAGCCUGCAGGACCCGAUGCAGAUGAGGUCCAACAUGCUGUACUCAAACUGCAGCGGAGGACUUCCCAACAUUAUACUUACUGAUGACUCCAACCCGAGUUUGUCGAAGGACAUCAGCAGCACGCUCUCCACCGUGCCCGAAUGUUUUGACUCAGAGGGAGGCUUCCCACUGGAGGACGAGCUGCACAUCGAGCCUCUAAGCCUGGACGGCCUGAGCAUGCUCAGUGAUCCCGACAUGGUGCUGCCGGACCCAUCUGUGGAGGAUACUUUCCGCAGCGACAGGCUCUGAAUGAAACAAGCGUCACACAUUCAGAGGAAGAAGCACACACAUGAAUUUUGCAGUGUAUAGUGUACAAAUCUGAAUAUGCAUGCAGACAAUCUCUAUAGGGCCACUGUGCAUGCAUCCACUGCCACUAAGAUUCAUUAAAUGUGAAAGACAAACAGCAUGCGCACAGUCAUCCACACCUUUUUUAAAAAGGAGACUCGUGAACAAACUGUUUACACCUGCUUGGCGCAGUUCCCCUUAAAGCAUGCUUGAGCUCAUGUUUUGUGAGGUUUUAUUUGAAAUGAUGAGAUUAAAAAAAAAUCUGCACUGGGAUCUGAUGCAGGUCCAGCUCUGAGUCUUUGCACCUCCUCCAGACAGCUUCUCCCCCUCAAACCAAAACGACUCAGAGAAACACACGAGACAAUCCAGAGAGGAGCAAAAGUCCUCCCGCUCCUUUCUCAUCACCAACUCACCAUUCCCUCUUGCAGAAACCAUGGCAACACCAUAACCAUGGUUACACACCAUAGCAACCCCAUAGCCAUGCUGAAGAGCAGCAAUAAAUGCCAGAACACAAUCAGUGUUUCUUACAGCUCUAAUAAAGGAGCUGGAGCAGCUUCAGGUAAAGUGGAGUCCUGCUGCAUCGUGGCCACCUCAGGCUCCAGAGCGAUCGCAGCAGAAAUGAAGACUAGAAGGAUUUAAGUUUUUCUUUUCAAAUGUCUUUCUUUGCCUAUGGUGUCAGAUUAUUUUUAAAAUGUUAGCCACAGAUUUAUAAUAUAUAUAUAUUCAUAUAUAUGCCUCAAAUUUCAGUCAGAUUAGUGUAUUUUCAAACAAGAUAAAAAGGGCAAACUGUUUACAAAGAUGAGCUUUUAAUAAUACUAAUUUUUCAUUUCUAAUUGAAAAAUACAACUCGAAUAAAAGAUGUUUCCUUGCAAUUUGGCUGGAUUUUAACUUUCCUCUCUGGCAGAACUUGGACAGAACUGGGAUAAUUUAACAUCACACCCCUUUUUCUAUUUUUCAACAUGUGAUACUUAAAAUAUUUGUUGCAUAUGAUUUAUUUUACAUUUUUUACUGACACGUUAAAGGCGCUUGUACUGUACUUAACAUCAGAUUGUGAAUAAGGGCAUGCGCUAUGCUACUGUGGAUCCAUAAUGUCCUACAUCUGUUGGCUUUCUGUCCUUUUCGUUGUAGGAGCUUUAGUGAAGCACCUCCCCCCGUAUACACCCCCCCACGCAGUCAGGGCGAGUCAUUCAGAGAGGGUGGACAUCGGACAUCAUGUAAAAUUGCACUAUUUUUGCAGCUAUUGGUUCACAUUGUGUCAACUAAUAUUUUUACACCUGAUGACCCAAAGAA